AUGGAAAAUCAAGAAAAAAUAGGGAAAAAAGUAAUCAUACCAACUCUGAUCAAAGAUACAAGCGACAACAAAAAGCGCGAUGAUGAUGAAGAAGAUUUUAAUGAUUUAUUUUCCUCAUCUUCUUCAGAUGAAUCUACAAAUAAAGCAAAUGAGAAGUAAAAACAUUAAAUGACUAAUUAAGCGAAUGAAACACCUCCAACUUCAUCAACUAUUAACUCCUCAACAAAAAUAAAUAACUUGGCAUAAGUAAAUUCUAAGCUCCAAUCAUUAGAAACACCUCAUUACCAAAGCAACACUAGAGUAACAUAUGAGUAGUAUAGAGAACGGCAUCCGAAUGACUGCAGUCCUAGAAGAAUUCAAGAUAUGAAAACUCGAGAAGUUAAAGAAGAAAAUGGGAAAGGUCAAGAAGCAGAGAUAGAGGGGGAAGAUAUAGGAGCAGAAGCAAAUCGAAUUGAAGAAGAAAUGAUAGCUACUCAUCUUCAUCUAGAAGAAGAGAAGAUGACGAUAGAAGGUUUGGGAGUAGCAACAGUAGAUAUAAUGAUAAAAACUCGAGUAGUUCAAGAAGACGAAACUCACCAUCUUAACCUAGGGAAACCAAAGCAUUCAAAGAGAUAUGAUGUUAAAAGUGAUAAUGAAGAAUUUUACAAAAAACUCUUCAACAAAAUUGAGUCUAAGCCGGGAACUAAAUCUAUACACUAGAAAAUAAACGAAGCAAUAAAAGUAGCUUAGUAUUGCUAUCUACUAAAUGAAACUAAAUGGAAUGCUUUUGAUGAUGAGUUUUAUGUUAUUAAUAGAAGAUGGUUUGAUAAAUGGAAAAAUUUUGUAUCAUACGAUUAUAUUGUAAAUCAUGUAAUGAAUCUCAAUAAACCAAUGAAAGACUUAUCUAUUAACAAGAUUUUAAACAGCGGAUGCUCCCAUCCAGGAGAUGUUACCAAUAAAUUUCUAAUAAUGGAUUAAAAAGACUUUUAUCAUCACAGAGUAGAUUUCACAAAUUACACUAAUUUUCCUAUUAAAGAAGAUUAAAAAUUAGAUAGAGAUUAUUUCAUCACAGCAAAAGGUGUUUGGAAAAUUCUUUAUAAUUCUUAUGAUGGUCUUGAAAUAGUUCGAUUUUCUAUAGCUAAAGAUAAGAUAGGCAAGGCUUAUAGAGAUGCUCUUCUCCCAAAAGUCAAAAUAGCUCUAAUGAGAAGGGGAGAAAAACUCAAAUAUCCCAAAUAAUUAAAUUUGCAAAGAAAGUAGAAGUUUAAAGAUUUAAAAGUACAUCUUAAAAAUAUCUUUUAGUUUUUAACAGACACUAAUCUAACAGAUAUAAGACUAUGGCUAUUCUCAGACGAAGAAAUGGGUCUUGACGAGUUUUUGGAGUCGUAUAAUAAUCCUGAUGGCAUUGCUGGCAAUCUGACACAUACUUUCGAGUUUCCAGGACAUAGCUUAGAAAAUAAACUUGAAUGCUUUAUAGAUGAGUAUAAAUCAGUUUAAACUAAUAAAACAGUUUUCAUUGAAGUUAAGAGGUCUGGUCAUUAAUGGAUUUUUAAUCUAGAGUCCAGAGACUAGAGCAAAUUUUAUCAUCCUACUGAAAGUGAAAUAUGGAAACUACAAUAUAUGCUCAACGAUAUGGAUGAUAGAGAUACAUUUUUUGACUAUAAUUUCAGUUACAAUCUUUAUUGGAAAAAUAGAAAUCACACUAUAAGAGAUUAUUUUGAUCAAUCAUACCAGGAUAUCAACCUUUAUGAAGAGUUUGUUUAGAUGUACAAUAAUCUUAAAGAUUCGAGAUAGAUUAUGGACUAAGGAGACAAUAAAAGAUAAUCUCAUUCAGUUUCUUCGACAGAAAAUAAAUGUGGAUUCUGUGGCAAAAUUAAAUCUCCUAUGCUAGAAAGCUGCUUGAUAUGCAAUGGUGUAAAGUAUUGCAAUUUGGAUUGCAAGCAAAACGAUUAAAAAUUCCAUUAAAAGACAGUUUGUGACAAAUAUCUUAAGAAUUAGGCUAAAGCUGCUCUUAAAGAAUAACAAAGAGAACAAUAAAGAGAGAAAAAACUUUAAUUGCUCUAAUAAAAAGCAAAAUUAAAGAAAAAAUAGAAGAGAGUAUAUGAUAAUUUCAAUGAACUUGAGUCUGAUGAAGAAUGGCAUGGCUCAGAGGAUGAUUUAGAAAAUACAAUUUUCUCUGGUCAAUCUAAAAGAGCAAGGAGGGGAGAAAAUUCUUAAUCAUAAAAAGUAGCUAAUGAAGAUUCAAAUAAAGAAAAUUCAGAGGAAAAUAAAAUUAACAUGGAAGUAGAAGUUGAGGAUGACUAAGAAUCUGAGUUAAAGGAUAAAAAAUCUGACUUUAACAACACUUAAACUGAAUCCGUAUCUUCCAAAGAAUCAGAUUCCUAAUCUCAUAAAAGGAGGAUGAAAAUGGUAUAAAAAUAGCAUAUCAAGUAAAUGAGAGGUCGGCCUUAAGCAACUAAAGCACCUGUAAGUAGAAAUCUAAAAUAGAAAGAGUAAGAAUCGUCAUCAUCCUCCAGUACUGAAUCUGAACCUGAAGAAAGUUAAGCCUCGUAAUCAAAUGAAGGCGAGGAGAAAGAAAGUUAAAAAGAACCAGAGAAAGAGCUUACACUAAGCUAAUAAAUCUCAAGAUUUUCAUAUAAUGAUCACAAAUUUAUAAUAGGAAAUGGUAUCAGUAAUAUUGGCAAUAAUUGCUAUAUGAAUUCCAUUAUUCAAGCUUUAGCAAUGAAUAUCAAACUCAAAAUGAAAUUAUAAUAAUAUUCCAAUGUAGAAAAUUUAGAAAUUUAAAAGCCAAUAGUUUUCAGCUUGUUGAAAAUUUUUAAUGAGAUCAAAGUUCCUUCUGGAGGAAUACAGACCACUAUAAAUCCUACUUAUUUCAAACUAGCUCUGUCAUUAAAGAGUGAUUUAUUUAAAGGGAAUGAUUAAUUUGAUGCCUAGGAAUUUCUUUCUUAUUUCCUUUUUGAAGGAAAACUUAAGCAAGAAAUAAGAUGCAAGAGUUGCAAUUUUGUCUCAACAACAAUAGAAAAUUUUAACUACUUGAGUCUACCAAUAGAAUUUCAGAGUGAUAAAUCUAAUUAUACGAGACUCCGUAUCAUCUAUAUCUUCGAUAUUGAUAAGUUCAAAAAAUAUGAAAUUCUCUUCAAGCCAGCUUAAUAUCUUUACAAAAAUGUAUUCGAAAGAGUAAAGAAUAAAAUAUCCCAGGAUAGGAAAGAACUUAAAUCUGGUAAAAAAACAUUUAUCAUGGUAGAUCUUAAAGAUAGUUGCGAACUCGCAUCAGUUUUGAUGGGAGAAAAUAUGCUUUUAACUUUUGGUGAAAAUAAGGAAUUUACCACUUAUGCAUAUGAAGUAUAUAAAUGUAAUGUAGAGAAAUUACUUCCAAUAAAUUUUCUACAUAUUACGAAAGAGGAAUAUGAUUUCCAGAAUAGAAGAUAAGCAUAUGAAGAUAUAUUCUUUGGACCAGAUUCUGAACAGCCUUAUAGUCUCUAUUUGCUAAUGAAGGAUCACACCAGGGUUAAACUAGACAUGAGGCAAAAUAAAAAAUUAUUCAAGACUUAUGAUUUAUCGUCUGUUAUAAGAACUGAAAUAGAAUUUAAUAUGGCAGCAGAUUUUUAAAAAAUGAGAGAAGAAUUUAAUAAGAUUUAAGAGUAAGGACUUCCUGAAAAAGAAACAAAAAAUGAGAUAAGGAAACUAGAUCUUGAAACUUGCAUAAAAAACUUUGCUAAGCCAGAGUUAAUUACUGGGAAUUAAUGGCUAUGCCAAUAAUGUUUAGUCAAGAGAGACUGUGUUAAAUUCACAUAUCUUUAGAAGGAGCCAGAAUCAUUGAUAAUACAUUUAAAGCGUUUUAAUGUUGAUCCAAUAACAUUUUAGAGGAAAAGACUAGAGCACAUUAUUAAAUUUCCUACGAGCAAGUUCAAAUUUUCUAAGGUGUUUCAUGAAGGAAGUGGAGUAAAGAAUAUGGACGGUAUUUAAUUGAAGAAAUACACUUUAUAAGCAGUUGUUCAGCAUAGAAAUGGCAUAAUGGGUGAUGGAGGUCAUUAUGUUACUUACUGUAGAGAUGAAAAGGAAAAAUAAUGGUAUCUUUAUGAUGAUAGUAAGGUAUAAAAGCUCAAUCCAGAUCGUAAAAAGGAAGAAAUAAUCAAUUCUAACAGCUAUUUACUCUUUUACAGAAUAAAAGAUGAGGAUGAAAGAAGUGAUACCACUUAUAACAGCACGAGCAACAGUGCAAAUAAUACAACAACCAAUACAAAUACGACUAUAAAUAAAUAAAAAUAGAAAAAAAGAAAAAGAAGAUGGUGA